AUGCAGGAGUUUAUAAUGGAACGUCGUAUAAGAAAGCGAGAACUGCAACCAACGCCUAUACCCUUCCAACGGGAUUGCCUUGUAAAUGAAAAUCUAUUGGAGCGUUUUGGCCAUAGCAAAACUCUUAAGGGUCACGAUGGUUGUGUGAAUUGUCUUCAGUGGAAUCGUUCGGGCACAUUGCUGGCGAGUGGUUCAGAUGAUAUGUACGUUCGAAUUUGGAAUGCUCAAGGUGGCGCGGUUCAUAGCUUCAGCUCUGGUCACAUGAACAACAUAUUUUCAGUGCAGUUCCUGCCGAGUGGAAAUGAUGAAAUAAUUAUCAGCGCUGCCGGUGAUACGAGUGUUCGUAUGCAUACGUAUACACAUGAUGAUUCACCAUUCGUUUGGUGGUCAAGUGGACGUGUUAAACGACUGGCUGUUACACGUGCUGACCCAUUACUGUUUUGGUCGGCUGCCGAGGACGGUAUCGUGAGGCAGUACGACGCUCGAACGUCAGACGCAUCAACAUUAAUAAAGUUUAACGGUAAAGAAUGUAAAUCGUUGGCUGUUAAUGAAACACGUCCUGAGAUGAUUUGUGUUGCGUUGAAUGAAGCAGCUGUACCGAUUUAUGAUCGUCGAAAUGUUACCACACCGUUACUGACACUUAUUCCAGGACACAUUCCGAUUACAGAGAAACGCUCUCGACAUGCUUUAAGAUCUUUGUCUGUAACCCAUGUUGGAUUCAACUCUUUUGGUAAUGAAUUGAUUGUGAACAUCGGAGGUGAACAAAUCUAUAUUUUCAAUGUGGUUGAUGGAGUGAACGAGCCGGAUGCAUUGCAGUCACUGAACGGUAUUCUGCACAGUGAAACAGUACCGCUGAAUGAAGAUAAUACGGUGCUACCAAUUGAGCAACGAACAACUGAUCGAUUCAAGGCUGCAAGAGAACGUGCUAAAAUCAAUUUUAAUAAUAAAGAAUUUACGGAUGCUAUUGAUACGUAUAGUCACGCAAUAGCUGAAUGUGAAUCACUCUGCGGUAGAGAUCCGUCACCGAAGCAUCCAAAUGCAAUGGAUUUAUGUUUAUUACUAAGUAACCGUGGUGCCAGUUAUCUUCUACGUGAAUGGGAAGGUGACGCGUACGCUUGUUUAAUUGAUAUGAUAAGAGCGUUGAAAAUUGAACCACGUAAUACAAAAGCUCAUUAUCGUAUUGUUAGAGCCUUAAUGGAGUUGCAGCAGUUCGAUAUGGCGAGAAAAAUAUUGCAAAUUUUUAAGGAUCGAUUCCCUAACGAUCGUUCGUGUGAGAAUUUGGAGGUGUUAUUACGAGGCCAGUCAAGCACCGAAAUCGAGUGGAAAUCAAGUGGUUGUGGUGAUUAUGUACAACGGCUCUGUGGUCAUUGCAACACGAAUACCGAUAUUAAAGAAGCGGUAUGGUUCGGUGGUCGAGAUGAGUACAUCGCUGCGGGCAGUGAUUGUGGUUCACUUCUGAUUUGGGAACGCAAAUCGGGUGCACUGAUCAAAGCAUUUGAAGCAGAUAAGAAUAUCUUGAAUUGUGUUCAACCUCAUCCGUCCAGUUGUCUUCUUGCAACGUCCGGCAUUGAACAUGUCAUUCGAUUUUGGCAGCCUUUACCUGAGGAAGGAGUUGAAAAUCGACGAGAGAGGCGUGGCUUAUCGGCAUUAUCAGAAGAUAAUCAAAAGCGUAUGCAUACGGGAAUAUUCGAGAUGGUUGUCGCGUCAUUCGCUCUUGGAGAUUUUGGCAUAGCGGUGCAGAACGAUAAUACUGACAACGAUGAUGAUGAUCAGGAGGCCGUGUAUGGACGACGAAUCGGGUGUAAUCCUACCUAA